CCUCAACCAAUGAGGCUUGAGGUCUGAGUUCGCGGUCAGCAAGGCUUUUGACAGAGGCGGUGGUUUCUCCCCCCCCCCCAAUAUAUAUAUAUCUACACAGACAGAGCGAAAUCGGGAUCGUUAGAUUAGAUCGACAUACUUGGCGGCCAAUGAGAAUGCCCCUCCUCUUCUCCUUCGGAGCCAAUCAGCGGGUGGCAUGUCUCCGUCGCUCACUGCCGUGUUCUCAGCAGUGCGGGCAAUAACAUGGCUCCUUGAGGGGCGAGAGAGCGGCCUUGGGUCGUUUCGACGGUGGAGACGGCCAAAAAGACGAGGAAGAGGAAGACGCAGCGGCGGCGGCGGCCGCCACAGAGACCGCUGCCCGCCUCGUCGUUAUUGUUAACCCUUCCGUGCCUGGCGGCUGCAGGGAAACCGAGGGAGCAGGCUCAAUGCGCAGGCGCCAAGGCCGCUCCGGCCAGGUCUCCCGCGUCCCGCCAGCAUGAGCCAAACCGCCUCCGCCGCCCCCCUUCCCCCGCCGGGCCCCGCCUCCCGCGCCCUGCAUGCGGAGUUGCCCUCUCAGCAGCGGCGUCUUCGCCACUUACGGAACAUUGCGGCACGGAACAUUGUUAAUAGGAAUGGUUAUCGCCUCCUGGACACCUACUUCACUCUUCACUUGUGUAAUAAUGCAAAGAUAUGUAAAGAAUUUUAUAAAAGUGAAGUGAUAAAGAAUUCCCUGAAUCCAACAUGGCGGAGUCUUGACUUUGGUCUUAUGCCCGAUCGCCUCGAUACAUCUGUGUCCUGUUUUGUGGUGAGGAUAUGGGGUGGCAAGAAUGAUACCCAUCAGCUACUCAUUGAGUGGAAAGUCAAUCUAGACGGACUCAAAUAUUUGGGCCAGCAGAUACAUGCUCGUAACCCAAAUGACAUCAUUUUUGGGCUGAAUGAUGGCUAUUAUGGCGCUUCAUAUGAACAAAAGGGCCACUCAGGAUCCCAGAAGAAUAACCUUCUCCAGGUGGAUCAGAACUGUGUUCGUAACUCAUAUGAUGUCUUCUCUUUGCUUAGGCUCCACCGGGCCCAGUGUGCAAUUAAACAGACUCAGGUAACUGUUCAGAAAAUAGGAAGGGAGAUUGAAGAGAAACUGAGGCUUACAUCUACAAGCAACGAGCUGAAAAAAGAGAGUGAGUGUUUACAGUUGAAGAUUUUGGUGCUUCGGAACGAGCUAGAGAGGCAGAAGAAAGCCCUGGGCCGAGAGGUGGCCCUAUUACAUAAGGAACAAAGUGUGCUAUUUGACAGAGGAAAUGCAUUUGAGGAAGAAUAUCAGAAGCUUCGACUGGACAAAGAACCUCUGCAAGAGUUGAGAAAAGAAUGCACUGCUAAGAGAGAGCAAUUCUUGAAGACCAACGCACAACUCACCAUCAGAUGCAGGCAAUUACUUUCAGAGCUUUCCUAUAUUUAUCCUAUUGAUUUGAAUGAUCAAAAGGAUCACUUUAUUUGUGGAGUCAAAUUGCCCAAUUCUGAAGACUUCCAAGCAAAGGAUGAUGGUAGCAAUGCUGUCGCUCUGGGCUACACUGCUCACUUGGUGUCCAUGAUUUCCUUCUUUCUACAAGUGCCUCUCAGGUAUCCAAUAAUUCACAAGGGCUCCAGGUCUGCAAUCAAAGAUAAUAUUAACGAUAAACUGACUGAGAAAGAAAGAGAAUUUCCAUUGUAUCCAAAAGGAGGAGAGAAACUGCAGUUUGACUAUGGCGUCUACCUUCUCAACAAAAAUAUUGCACAGCUCAGAUACCAACAUGGGCUAGGGACUCCAGAUCUAAGACAGACGCUUCCUAACCUGAAAAACUUCCUGGAGCAUGGCCUCAUGGUCAGAUGUGAUCGGCAUCACAUUUCCAGCGCCAUUCCAGUUCCAAAGAGACAAAGUUCUACAUUUGGAGGUUUGGAUGUUGGGUUCUCCAGCAGCCAUCCUUCUCCAGACAAGGGACUCCGAAAACGGGCCAGCUCGGAGAAUGAGAGACUUCAGUACAAGACUCCCCCUCCAAGUUACAACUCUGCAUUAACGCAGCCCAUUGCCAUUGUAGGAGAGCCUGAUAAAAAGGCUGGGUCUUUAUCCUCUUCUUUAGAUACCUCCAUUGACUUCUCAAAAGACAACAAAAAGGGAGGGGAUUUGUGUAAUAGUUUAAAUGGUGAAAUCAGGAGCCCGAACCGCUCCCAAGAUCAACAGGAAUCUUUCCUGGGACCCUCUCGUGCAAUAAAUGGUGCGGCGUUGCUCAGUGAGCACCUCAGUGCAGUGACCAGUGACCAGCCGUCUGCCUUCCAUGACCCCCUUGGUACUGACCUCCUCUGCACAGUUGAGCAAGCAGAAGAGAUCAUGGGCCUGGAAGCAACAGGGUUUGGCACAGGAGACCAGCUUGAAGCCUUCAGCUACAUCCCAGUGGACCAUGCAGUGGCUGUGGAAUGCGACGACCAAGUCCUAGGGGAAUUUGAAGAGUUCUCCCGAAGGAUCUGUGCACUGAACAAGGAUGCCCCCACGUUCCGCAGGCCACGGAAAGGUUCUGACAAGUGAGCUUUGGACAUUGUAGUGGCGGCAUGUUACAAAGGUAAAACCAUAUAUAUAUAUAUAAUAUGAAACAUAUAUAUAUAUAUAUAUGUCUGGAAUGAAAAUAAAACUUGCACUCAAAAUCCCUGAUCAGUUACAAGGUGGAAUUGAGUGGGAUGGGUGGGGGAGAGAAGAGAACUUUUGCUAUAGUUUUGGGAAGUAGAUUUUGAUUACACACAAUCAUGGUAUCUCCACAGCCCAGGAUGUCAUCAUCUGCUGCUUCCUAUCUUGGUUUUCUGGUGUUUAAAAAUUGCUCUGGCAAUUUGGGUUGGGCCAUUUAUGUAUUGUCUGCUUAAAUUUAUUUAGAUUUCUUUCAACCAUCUGAGGGGCAGAUGUGUGUGUGGGGAGUUAAGCCAGAUGCUUAGCUGCAGGCAUGCAGGGGGUGAGCAUGUGCAUGCCUCCCCAACACCCUCCUUCUUGCAUUCAGCCAGGUCUUGCUGCUGUUCACGCUUUGGGGCAUGUACGAGUGGCUUUCGUAGCUUGGGAAACGUGGUAAACUGAGGAGGGAGGCCUGUCUCUCAAAAAGCCCUGUCAAAACCUGUACACAAUUUUAUUUCCUUCCUUCCUACACACCAUUCUUGUUGGCGUCAGUCACCCCACGUGGCCCAGUGAAAUGAAUGGGGCUUGCAUAAGAGCCCCUUGAGUCCGAUGCAUUUCAAUGGGCCCUGUGAAGGAGAUGUUCCCAAUAUAUUGUUCCCAGUGCUUUUAGGUAGAAAAUUUGGGGUGGGGGAGGGAAGCGUAAUGUACUAAAGUGUCGCCCUGACUUUAUCAUUGUGUGGCUGAGGAGCUCUCUCCCAUAUAGGAAGAAACACAGUUCUGCUUUGAAUGACCAAAUGCCCACUGUGUGCAUCCGGGCCUGACCUGAAAACUGAAGGUGCUGCUUUAGGAGUUUACUAGUUCCCUUAGACUUCUUGGGAGGAUAGGUCUCUCUCCAGGGACCAUUAAACCCUAACAAAACAAUACAUAGGCACAUUAGAGAAAUGUCUAGACCCUAUCAAUCUGUGAAGCAGUUUACAAACAUGCAAGCCAGACUUUAUGUAUACAGGGCAAUAGAUAUGAGAGUACAUGAAUUGACUUUGACAGUGUUAGGUGUUGGCCGUACUUAAUACUUAGUCUGUGGGGAAGGGGGAGGAAAUCAACCAAACCAUCCGUACGUUUAAAUUGGAGGUGUCCAACAGUUUUUCAAUGGUUCAAGUUUGACUCUACAUGAGGUAGUUUACCACUGGCGCACGUGUUUCCCGCUGCACUAACGUGACAAGCAGAAUUUUGGGGUCUGCUUGAGAUUCCCGAUGACGAUAUGCAUUUUAGAGUUCAGACAUGUCUGGCUCUUGCUUUCCACAUUGUAUACUGAUGUCUGGGCUCAGUUGUGAGCUCAUAAAUAAAUAAAUGAAUAUAUAUAUAUAUAUAUGUAUGUAUAGCAGAAUAAAAGUUUAAUUUACUUCA